UAUAAUAAUGUUAUUUAAUUAUUACCACUUAUAUAAUAUAUUUUUAUUAUAGUGUACAUAAAUUUAAUUUUAAUUUAAUAUUAUGUCUGGCAAUUCUGAUUCUACUCCUGAUGUUACUAAUAUUCACGAUGAUUCUACAAACACAAAGAAACGUUUACAUAAAAUAUUAAAUCCUUAUACAUUAUCGGCUUUAGCAGUUGGCAAUGUAGUUUGGGGUUAUAACAUUUUCAGAAGAAUAAACAGAUUACUGAAUAUUAGGUACUCUAAUCCUGUGUACCAAAUCAGAAGACCAGAAUCACUUUCUAACAGACUUAUCGCAUUCAAAUACUUCUGUAUCGGAGGUUCAAUUGUUCCCAUUGUAUCGCUAGCAUAUGUAUUAUACAACAAAAAUAAGUUUAAACCCUCAGAAAGCUCAGAUGAUACUCAUGCCGAUGACUCUAAAACAAUUUUGAAAAACAUUAACACUACUAUAUCAAAAUAUGCCAACAACGCAGGUGCAAGACUUGAAAAUUUAUCGAAUGGAGUAAAGGAAUUUGUUCCGGAAUCAAACUUUAGAGGCAUGGGCCUCGAUUUAAAAAAGGACAUCAACAAAUUGCGGUCCUGGAUAUCUAAUAUAUUUUAACGUAAAAUACCAUACUCUUCAUGUAAUAUACUACAAAUAUAAAUAUUAUGCUACAAA